AGGACAAGCAGUGCUGUAUGUGUGGACUGCAAGGGAGAAGGCGGAAAGGCUCAGGGACAAGAGGGAUGUGAUGCAAGUGUGGCUGGUGUGGCAACUCUCCUCAUUCCCGACAGGAAAGAAACAAAAGGAAAGGAAGCUACAGUAUAACAGAAUAUUUUCAAAUUGCUACUAAUAGAUGUUGGCACGGACUACUUUUUGCCGUCAUGGACAUCCAAAAAUGAAGAUGGGAAAGAGGAAGAAGAAAACAAACUGGCAACUGAGGAAAAUGAGAUCAUGAUUGUUAGAUAGCACUCUACAGCACAAUGACCAUGGCUCCAAGGAAAAGGAAUCGUCAUGCUUUGGGGUUUCUUUGCUGCUUUGGGGGCAGUGAUCUUCCUGAAAUUAACCUUAAGGAUAACAACCCUCUACAGUUCUUGGAAUUCUCUGUGCCAAUUCCACCAGCAGAAGAGCUCAAUGCGAGGUUCUCUGAGCUUGUGGAUGAAUUGGAUCUCACAGAUAAGAACAGAGAGGCAAUGUUUGCACUCCCUCCAGAGAAGAAAUGGCAGAUUUAUUGCAGCAAAAAGAAGGAGCAAGAGGAUCCUAAUAAACUUGCUACAAGCUGGCCAGAUUAUUACAUAGACCGCAUCAAUUCCAUGGCUGCAAUGCAGACUGUGUAUGCUUUUGAUGAAGAAGAAAUGGAAAUGAGGAAUAAAAUAGUUGAAGACUUGAAGACAGCUCUGCGGACGCAGCCCAUGAGAUUCGUGACAAGGUUUAUUGAGUUGGAUGGCCUGACCUGCUUAUUGAACUUUCUCAAGAGUAUGGAUUAUGAGACAUCAGAAAGCCGCAUACACACAUCCGUUAUAGGGUGCAUCAAGGCUCUGAUGAACAAUUCCCAGGGACGGGCACAUGUACUGGCCCAUCCAGAAAGCAUCAAUAUAAUCUCUCAGAGUUUACGGACUGAGAACAUCAAAACCAAGAUUGCUGUGCUGGAGAUCCUUGGGGCAGUUUGCUUAGUGCCAGGAGGCCACAAAAAAGUUCUGCAGGCUAUGCUUCACUACCAGGUCUAUGCAGCAGAAAGGACAAGAUUCCAGUCAUUACUCAAUGAACUAGACAGAAGCAUGGGGCGAUAUCGAGAUGAAGUGAAUCUCAAAACUGCCAUCAUGUCUUUUAUUAAUGCUGUUUUGAAUGCUGGUACUGGUGAGGACAAUUUGGAAUUCCGAUUGCACCUAAGAUAUGAAUUCCUAAUGUUGGGUAUCCAGCCUGUGAUCGACAAGCUAAGAGGACAUGAGAAUGCAACAUUAGACAGGCACUUAGAUUUCUUCGAGAUGGUCAGAAAUGAAGAUGACUUGGAACUUGCCAAGAGAUUUGAUGUGGUACAUAUUGACACAAAAAGCGCCUCACAAAUGUUUGAGAUGAUUAAGAAAAAGUUGAAGCACACAGAUGCUUAUCCAUAUUUGCUAUCCGUCCUUCAGCACUGCUUGCAAAUGCCUUAUAAACGAAAUGGGGGAAAUUUUCAACAGUGGCAGCUGUUGGACAGGAUACUUCAGCAAAUUGUUCUUCAGGAUGAGCGAGGUGAUGAUCCAGAUAUAGCUCCUUUGGAGAACUUCAAUGUCAAGAACAUCAUUAAGAUGUUGGUAAAUGAGAAUGAAGUGAAGCAGUGGAGGGAUCAAGCAGAAAAAUUCCGGAAAGAACACACUGAGCUAAUGAGCAGGCUGGAGAAGAAAGAAAGAGAAUGUGAUAUAAAGACCCAGGAAAAAGAUGAAAUGAUGAAGACAUUAAACAAAAUGAAGGACAAGCUGCAGAAAGAAGCCCUGGAGCUACGCCAAACCCGGGAUCAAAUGACAGACCUUGUAGCUCAACUCAAUGAGUUCUCGCAUGGUGGCAGCAUUUCCUUCCCAUCCCCUCCUCAUCUGCCUCCGGGUGGCCCAUUUGCUUUUUCUUCGAGUCUGCUAUCAUCAGAGACUUUGCCUCCUCCUCCACCACCUCUACCAUUCUCCUGUCCACCUCCACCAGCUCCACCACCUCCUCCAGGAGGCCCCCCUCCUCCCCCCGGAGCACCUCCAUUUUUCAGCGUGGGAAUUCCUCCAGUUUCUUCCACCACAUUCAGUACCAGUGGGACAAGUCUGAAGAAGAAAUCAAUCCCACAACCAUCUCAUCCCCUGAAGUCCUUCAACUGGGCAAAGCUGAGUGAGGAGAAGAUAAAUGGCACAAUCUGGCAUGAAAUUGAUGAUUUAAGAGCUUUCAAGAUGUUGGAUCUGGAGGAUUUUGAAAAAAUGUUCUCAGCUUAUCAGAGACACCAGGACCUGCUAACUAACCCCUCCUCCUGUAAGCAGAAGGAAAUGGGAUCAACAGAAGAUUUGUACUUGUCUAGUCGAAAAGUCAAAGAACUUUCUGUGAUUGAUGGACGGAGGGCUCAAAAUUGUGUCAUCCUGCUUUCUAAGUUGAAACUAUCUAAUGAAGAAAUCCGACAGGCAAUUUUGAAAAUGGAUGAAGAAGAAGAUCUGGCUAAAGAUAUGCUUGAGCAGCUACUGAAGUUUGUUCCAGAGAAGAGUGAUAUUGACCUUCUAGAAGAACAUAAGCAUGAAAUUGACCGCAUGGCGCGUGCAGACCGCUUCCUUUAUGAAAUGAGCAGAAUUGAUCACUACCAGCAGAGACUUCAAGCCUUGUUUUUUAAGAAGAAGUUCCCAGAGAGGCUCGCAGAAGCCAAGCCAAAAGUGGAAGCAAUUCUUCUGGCCUCCAAAGAGCUCACCCGUAGUAAGCGCCUGAAGCAGCUCCUGGAGGUUGUUUUAGCCUUUGGUAAUUACAUGAACAAGGGCCAAAGAGGAAAUGCAUAUGGCUUUAAAGUCUCCAGCCUGAACAAAAUAGCAGACACCAAAUCUAGCAUAGAUAAGAACAUUACACUGUUGCACUACUUAAUUAUGAUCUUCGAGAAGAAUUAUAUAGAUAUCCUAGACAUGCAGUCAGAACUACAGCAUCUUCCAGAAGCAGCAAAAGUCAACCUGGUGGAGCUGGAGAAGGAAGUUAAUAACAUAAAGACUGGAUUGAAAGCUGUUGAAGCUGAGCUUGAUUACCAGAAGAGACGUAUUCGGGAAGCGAGUGAUAGGUUUGUUCCUGUCAUGAGUGACUUCAUCACUGUAGCCAGUUUUAGCUUUUCUGAGCUAGAAGACCUUUUGAAUGAUGCAAGGGAUAAGUAUGCCAAGGCUCUGAAGCACUUUGGAGAGAGUGAUGGUAAGAUGCAGCCAGAUGAAUUUUUUGGCAUCUUUGACACCUUCCUGCAGUCGUUCACAGAAGCCAAGCAAGAUCUGGAGAAUAUGAGGAAGAAGAAAGAAGAGGAGGAACGCAGGGCACGCAUGGAAGCUAUGCUAAAGGAACAACGUGAGAAGGAGAGGCGACAAAAGAAAGCAAAGGGCAACAGCAUCUCAGAGGAAGGAGGAGGAGAGUUUGAUGAUCUUGUGUCUGCAUUGAGGUCAGGCGAGGUCUUUGACAAGGACUUAUCGAAGCUCAAGCGUAACCGCAAACGUUCAGGAAACCAAAAUUUAGAGACAAGCCGGGAACGGGCUGUGACAAAGCUCAAUUAUUAAAGGAGAGUACAAAAGAGGGAUGAAAACCAAAAGAGAACCGUGAAAGAAAGAAGAUCAGAGCAAGAGUAAAACAAGAUGGAGACUGGCUAGCAUAGUUCCCCAGGAGAUAUGACUAGCUCAUGGCUGUGCUUAAUUUUCCAUGAUGAAUAUGCCCUCCCAUCUUGCUCUCUUCCUUAUCCACAUAAUUGGGAAUGGUUUUAAAAGUGCCUCUAUAGAGUCCAAGGUGAUUGUCACAGAGAUAAUUGCUUUUGAUGGAUGCAUUUACUUGACACUUUCUCUGCAAAUUCAGUUGAGUCAUAAACUGUUGGGUCUUGUGAACCAAAUCACAAGGGGGUGGAAGGAGAUUUACUCUGUGCCAAAGUAUAUACAUAAGAAUCCACUCUCAAUCUUGCUGAAAAAAUGCAAGAUAGUCUCAGGCUGGCUCUGAAACUUCAUGCUCAUUCUUGAUGGACUGGCUUGGCUUUUAGGAGUUUGUGAUGGACUGGUUCUACAGUGUUGCAGUUCCGUUCUUCCACUGAAUUUACAGAAGGCCAAUGAUCAGAACCUGAGAAAUGCUUUUGAUCUCAUGGAUGUUAUGUUGUGGCCUAUGAUAAGCAAAGCAAGUGAUGUUGUGUCAGAGGAAGUUGAUCAAACUGCUUAGCUUGCAGGAUGAAUUGUUUGCAAAACUCCUUUUUUUCUGGAAUCAUUUGAGUCUUCAGGGAUGUGUUGAGUCUUCAGGGAUGUUCUAAGUCAUGCUAAGAGGUGAAAGAAUGAACAACGUAUUUUAAAACAGGAAUUUUGCCUUCGUUUAAGGAAGAGAUAUCACAGUCGGUCCAAACCCAGAUCUGUUGUCAUUGCUGAGCAAUGUGGUCUAUGAAUAAUCAAUCCCGCAUGCAAAUCUGCAUAACUUUGAUAGCACAACAAAGUUGUUCAUUAAACAGGAAUUAAAUAGACAAAUGGAGUUGUCUGAGGGUUGAAAGUGCAAUCCUUCAUUUAUGGGCAGCCAUUCACUGGGAUGAACUCAAGCUUUCAUUUAAUGGGCUGGCCAUUUCAAAAGUCCCAUCAUUCCUGGCAAGUGCUGCACAAGGUUAAUAAAGAUAAUACACAGAUCAGUAGGCAGCUUUGGCAUUGAAAGACUUCUCCAUUUGGUAAGGAGAGAUAGAGAGGGCCAAGAAGAGUAAAAUAGGAGGAAGACAUAGAGAUGGCCCUUGAAAAGAACUCUGGAGAUCACAGGUGAUAAAUCCAAAAAUAAUUGAUUAUACUAAAAAAAUCCCACAAUUCUAAUAUGCACUGGGAAACCAGAGAAAGAGCCUUUAGUUUGGAUUUUGUUCCUAUUUCAGUAUACCUUUAUGGCUAUGCAGCGAUGUAAGUGGACAGUGCAAGAUUUCUUGGCUCCUUUUUUGUUUCCUGUAUGACUGUUUGGUCCUCUUCCCUCCAGAGGCCAUAGGAAAAAGAGGAGGAUGGGACUGGGUGUGAUACACUCCGACCAUUUUCUGACAACAGUCUGUACUUCAGAAAGAUGGAAAUCUAUUGGAACCAGGGGAAUCCAACAGAGGCUCAAAUUGUCACUUUAAACUCCUGCUUUAGUUUGUCUCCAAAUGUUAUUUAAUUUCAAGCUUAACCUUGAGUGUACAGUAGAAAAUUUCUGUUUGUCAAGCCCCAUAGUAUUCUAUGCAAACAAUAUUUAAAAACUGCAAGGGUGUGUGUGUGUGUGUGUGUGUGUUUGUGUGAGACAUGACUAAACCAAAUACUCAACACUCUGGAGAGAAACAAAAAAUAACCUAUCUGAACUGAUCUCCAAUCUCUACAAGUUCCUGUUCAUGACAUUCCACAAUAUGGCACUUCUGUUUUAUACUCAUGGUGAAGAGUUGUUUGCCAUAGAAAAGCUGGGAACAUUGCUGUCCACUCCAUGGCUUCUAUUCUUGGAGACCUCAUUUGAAAGACUUCAUUUGAGACCUCCAUUUGCAAACAGACAGGCAUCUUUUAAAGAAGAUUUUUUAAAGCUUUGUUUUCUUAAAAAACUCACAAGUUUUGCAAGGCUGUAAUUUUAAGGAUAUUUCUCCCAGAUGUUUUUUAAAGAAAAAAAAUGUAAGUGCUGUUUUAAACCCUUUGCUGCUCUUGGUUGUAGAGAUGUAGUAUUUUGCCUCUACUCAUGCCGUAGAAAUUGCACUGAAGCAAUAUGUGCCAUAAUGGGAGGCAAGGUUACAAUUUGUCAGAGCAUAAACUUUGGGUCUUCUUCUGUGAAUCUUUUUUCUUUUUUUCACAUAUUUUCUUUCGAGCAAUGUGGAUCCCAUAAACAUUUAUGAGGGAAAAUGCUGAACUUCAUUAGAGGCCCUAAUGACCCUAACUCUCCUGUAAUUGGAAGGAGAAAGUAAAAUCUGUGCAUGCCUGGGACAUGUUAAUUUGAUUGUGCCAUUUUCCCUGAUGAAACAACUCAUUCUUUUCCAGUAAUGGAUCAAGGUACUACCUGGAUUAGACAAUACUUCUUUAAUGUGGCAAGACAGUGGCUAAUGGAUUGUAUAACAGCCCCAUAAGUUUACCAAGAUAACUUUGCACUCCUAUGCAGAGUUACACCAGGCUUAACUUCCAGUGGGUUUAGACUGAAGUAACUCUGCAUAGAGUACAUAGAUUUUCACUAUUCCAACACGUAAUGUCUGAGAGGCCAUUGCUUCCAUUAUCAGUCACCCCUAAAUUAUAGAGUCCUCAACUGUUUUUUCACAUAUCCUACAUUAUCCAUAGGAAUUUGCAUCAAAUUGGGCUGGGCUCCAGUCUUGUUCUGUUGGGGAAGCUAAUAUUUCUCUGUGUGUUUAGAUGGCAUGUCUAUUGAUUUAUGUCAUUCUGGUAGGUUCUAAGGCAGGGGACUCCAGAAGACAGCUGGUACCAGUAGCUUGCCAGCUGCAGGAAAAUAACUAAAAAAUCCAGGAAAAGAUUUGUGAAAGGAAUUUCCUGUAGGCACUUUUUUAAAAAGAAUUUUGUUUCAUAGGAUUUUUCUGUGUGUUGCUUAGCUAAUUGCUUCAUUUCUGAUGCUCUUAGUACACCAGGAAAGAGCAAAACUUGGUAACGUGGGGGAAAUGCUUGGGAUAUUUUCCAUUACUCAAAGAGAACUCUGUUAAAGAAAAGGUUGACAACCUCUGCUUUAAGAAUUACAUUAUGUUCAUUUCUCUGUGUCAAGCUAAGAAACUUAUUAGAGCCUUUGCAAUGUGUGUAUAAUAAUACAGCUAAAAUGGAAUUACACUGACUGUAGGUUUCAUUCAUUUUGUACCAAAAUAGUCACAACACUGGCAUCAUUUCUUUAUUAAUAAGAUAUGCCAAUCUAUCUGAACAGCUCAUGGAAUUAAGCUACCAUUUCUCAUACAAUGCAUAUUUUGGAAGGUCAGAGAUUGUAGAAGUAGGUGCAGUUGAGUUCCAUCACACACAAAAGAUGAAUGCUUGUUAGUGACCAAAAAAUCACCCAGAUUGUUUGUUCAAAGCAAAUUCUACUACUUUUAGCAGAAGUUAUGCCCAUGUAAGAAUUCUAGCCUUAAAUGCAACCACAAUGGCUGUCAGUUCUACCAGAUUGUAUUUGGCAUUUUGAUAUGCCCAUCUCUCUUGAGCCGCAGCAGCAACAUGUGAGAGCACUCAGUUGCAUAAAUGUAGCAGCUUAAUUCAGAGUCCUUGUUCUCUGUUGUGCAUUCUAUAGCUAGAGAGUGGGUUGCCCUUCUCUCUUCAUCUCUGGAAAGAUCAUGUUUUAAUGGAGUUUUUUCCAAAGUAUCUACUAAUGAUUGAAUUUCCACCCUGGUUGCCUAGAAGACAUUUAUGCUCAGGUUGUCCCCUUUGCCUCCUGUAGACUUGGAAUCUUAGCUUAAUGCCAAGUGAGACUUCUCAAAGCCUGAAGCUUUUUUCUGCUUCUGAACAUGUAGAUUGGUCCUCAGACAUUAACACAGGAUGCUCAGAGCACAUUCUCACAACCUGGUCAGUUGUGGUUUUGAGUUCCAGUUCCAGUUGCCAGUCUUUGAGCUGCAGUGAUGGACAGCAUCUGCAUCUCUGUCAGGGCUAGGCUGUCCUUUGAAUCCAGUAAAAGAUAAAGCAUAAAUUUCCGCCCUGAGCCUACUUGGUUGGGGAGGGCGGACUAUAAAAUUAAGUAAAUAAAUAAAUAAAUAAAAUAAUUUUUCCCCUCCUGAAUCUGUCUUUCAAACAAGACAAGUUGUGUCAGAGUUUUAACAGGCACCUUCAUACUUUACAGGGAGUUAGCGCCUCACCAGCUACUAUUUCAUAUGCACCUUCGUAGAAAAGUAGCAGUUAGGGAUGCUUUAGUAGGGCCAAGGAAAGUAUUGAUCCAUUGGUUUGCUUCAGUACAGAUAACAAUUACAGCAUUCUAUGCUCAGGUUACACACACAUUCUCUCUCCCUUUCUGUAUAGUUUCAAGAAAGGGAAAUCUGCCAGCAUCCUCUGCAGCAGCUCAGGCCUGGCCUGAAUGUGACAUCAUGUGGAGUAUUCUGGGGGUUUCUUUGACAUAGUUGUUGAUUUUUAGAGGUCACCACAUGCAUUUAGCAUGUUGGGUUGUUAAGCUUUCUACCUCAGAAAUCCAUGAUGAUUUGAUGUGAUCAUUUUAACCCAUGGUGCAUGUGUAUAUUAUACUCAAAGGAGACAAGGGCUUUAGUGAUACAUUGUCUAUCCAGCCUCUGUGUUUUGGCUCUAAACCAUCUGAAAGAACAGAGACUAUUUCAUCACCUCUGUGUCCGUGGUUCUCUUCAAAGCACUGACUUUACAGUUUCUGUCAAUUCCUUAGGAAGUUAGCACUGACUUAUGGGAUAUGAAACCUCCACAUCACAAGAGAGGAUAGAAAGAGUGCAUGAUCAUGGAUUUUUUUUAAAAAAUACCUAACGUACAGUGUGUGCUGUAAUCAUAUACCAAGACAUGGUGGGAACACUGCACAUCAUGUCACUAAUUAGGAAUGGGGUAAGUGUAACAUUUAGACUGGACUUCAUUGAGAGGUCCACUCAGGGCUCAUUUCGAGGGGGAAUGCACAGGAACACAGUUCCUGCAGUUUCCCAAAGAGGUCACAUGUCAGAUGGCCCUGCCCACCUGACUCGGCCAUUUUGGGCCCGUUUCAGCCUGGAUUGGGGCCGAAAUGGUGGUGGAUCACUCUCCCACUCAUCACUGGCCUGAUCCUGACCAUUUUGGGCCCCUUUUCUGCCAUUUUCAGCCCCUUUUUGUCAUUUUGGGCCCAAUUUCGGCCCUGAAUGACCAGAAUUGGGUCCAAAACAGCCAGAAUAGGUGACAUCAGGGUGUGUGGCAUAUGCAAAUAAGUUAUACCAAUGACACACUUCCGGUGAUGGCAAGAGGUGUGGCAUAUGCUAAUGAGUUAUGCUAAUGAGUUCCUCCAGUUCUUUUUCUACGAAAUGACCCCAGGGUCCACUUAUAGUAUUUGCUGCAGGAAGAAAGUCAGAACCAGCAACAGUGCAACUGGCCAAAGAAGAGGGAGGGACAGAUGCCCCUUGAUCUGUGGCUCACCUAAUUUAAGUUUGUGUUUACAUAUAUUUUGGUGAAGUUCUCAUACUGAAAACUUGUAACUACCAAUAGGAUAUGACAAGAGCAAUUUCUGUGAGGGUAGCUGUUGGUUUACAGCCUAUUGGCAGUUUACUUGGCUGAAGGAAGCAGAGUCAUGUUUCCAGUUCACUACUCUCCUUGGCACAUAGUUUCAGAUGGGUAGCCAUGUUUGUCUGUAGUUGAAGAUCAAGAUUUGGGUCUAGUAGUACCUUAAAAUCCAACAAAAUUUCUACCGUCUGAUCUUUCAAGAGUCAGAGUUUCCUUCAUCAGACUCUUGAAAGCUCAUACCCUGGAAAUGUAGUUGGUCUUUAAGGUGUCACUGAAACCAAAUCUUGCUCCUUGGCACAUAAUAUCACAUCUUCAUUGUUGACCCCUCCCCCCAUCUACAGUAACAGCCUACAAGUAUGUUGAGAGCAUGAUUUAAUGCAUGUUAAUUUUAUCUUACCCAGUCCAGUAUAACCUUUUGUUUAUUCCUAUGGAGCCUUGAUAUUAUUGUGGUUAUGUAAACUGUUACCAGCAUUCCUCCCUUUCCUCCACAAGCAUAUAUGCAACGUUUCAAAUCAUGGAAGUGACACAGAAGGAACUCCUGUAUUAUAGGAAAACAGUUACUGGAAUAUAUGCUCCUAACUAAGUUGCAUAUUUCUGAAAGUAUCACUGAUUAAUAGUGAAAGCUGAUUUCUAGAAAUUCAAGCCAGUAGAUUUCCUGGUUUGUUAGUUCUGAAUUAAUAAUUUCCUUCCAUCUUCUGAAACAGUUCUUGAACCAAAGCAAUCCUUCUAAAAAGGCAUUCCAUGUGUUGCAAUGAACAACAAAGGCAAAUGUCUUCCCCCUCCCCCAAAGAUGGAAGAAUAUGUGGCAAGCUCUAACUGUGACUUGUAGUUAAGAAAGCCAUGUUUUGCAUGGUCUUCAGAAGCACUUGGGUAACAUGUGAUUGGGGCAGGGGGUGCAGGAAAGCGAGAGAGAGAGGAGCUUAUUCUAGAAAAUAUUGCUUCCUCAGCCUCCGCUGCUUUGAGUAGACUCUUCUAUCAAGUGUAGACCAGUUGCUUAAGAGCUUCCAUGAAGGAAAAGGGCAGUUGUACAGUUCUGUUAUGUACAUGAUGUAUGCAGUUUUUGUUUUUUUAAAAAGGCAUUUUAAUUAAAAAAAUUUACAAUUUUAGGAAUGUUUUAGGGGAAAACCUGUAAAUGAAACACCUCUAUUUAUUUUGCCUUAUUUUAGUUUGCUAUUUUUGUGUAUACAUUAUAUUGCAGCUAUGAUGACUAUUGAGACUGCACCAGGGCAUUAGGACCAAGCUGAGUGUGUUGUAUUUGGCAAUGCUGGGACACACUGGAUGAGGGGGUGGGUAUGUGACCUUGUUAUCUUGCUCUGUGAGUGUGGUCAUAAUUCUCCUGAAGUGCACGUUUAUCAAGCUCAGAAGGACUUUAUUCUCCUUUCAUUCAUUUAUCCAGUGGAGGCCAACCCUUCACCAAAGCUGAGAACAAAUCCAGUCCAAAGGAUUAAUGUUGCUCUAGUACAUACUGUAUAAUAUACAAGCAGCCUCUGAGUGCCUUAUGGUGGUGUUUGCUUCUAACCUGAACUGGGGAGAAACAGGAACUGCCACCCACAUCUACAAAGGUUUGUGCUAUGAAGACUUAGCAGCUUAGCCUGUUUUUUUUAUAACCCUGUUCUGUAUCAGAAGGUAACAUUGGAAAUAGGUAUAUGACCACAUUUUAUUCCAACUACAGUCCUCAGGUUGAACACUAGCAGUUUUGUUUCAUCUUCCUCAAAAGUGGUAACAAAGACUACCAUCAUUAUACCACCUGUGGGUAUGUAUUUAUAUAAACAAAAGAACACCACACUUUUCUGAAGUGUUCUCAGAGGUAACUAUUCUUCCUUAAGUGAUCUCAUGUAAGGUUUGUCUCCUCCCACAGUUAUUAAGGGAGCCCUACUAUGGGUUGGUCUUGCUCCUCUAAUGCUUUGGUGUCUCCUCAUUUGUUGGUCAAAUUAAAAAUAUAAAUGAAUUAAAUGUACAAAACCUGUAGCAUCCUUUUUAUCUGCACCUUUUUAUAAGAAUAUAAUGUAAUACUAAAAAAAUUAAAGAUAUAUUGUCCCUA